ACGGGCGGGCGCGCGCCUCCGCUCCCCGUUUCGGGUUCCCCGGUGUGCGCCCCGCCCCGCCCCGCGCCCCCAGGAUGGGCAGCCAGGGCUCCAAGGCGCCCCGGGCCGAUGUCAGCGCCGAGGAGGCGGGAGACGCGGCGGCGGCGGCGGCGACUCCUUCUAAAGCCAACGGGCAGGAGAACGGUCACGUGAAGAGCAAUGGGGACCUGCCCCCCAAGACAGAGGGGGAUGCCACCCCCCUCAACGGAACCGGCGCCGCCGAACCGGCCAAGGCCGAAGGCAGCGGGGACGCCAUCGAGCCCGCCCCGCCGGCCGAAGGCGGCGAGGCCAAGCCCGAGGGGCCCGCCAAGGAGACCCCCAAGAAGAAGAAGAAAUUCAGCUUCAAGAAGCCGUUCAAGCUGAGCGGGCUGUCCUUCAAAAGGAACCGGAAGGAGGCCGGGGGGGACUCGACCGGCUCCUCGCCCACCGAGGAGCAGCGCGAGGCGGAGACCAAAGGCGGCGAGGCCGCGCCGCCCGGCGAGGGGGAGCCCAACCAGGCGGGCAAGGCGGAGGAGAAAGCGGGCGCUGCCGAGGGGGCCGAGGCCAAGCGAGAGGAGGCUGGGGAAGCCGAGGGGGAAGAGAAAAAGCAACAGCAGGAGCAGGAGGAGGCUGCCAAGCCCGAGGAGCCCUCCAAGAGCGCGGAGCCCGAACCCAGCACGACGCCCGCGGCCGCUGAGCAGAAGGAGUAAACGCGCCCUUCGCUCGGCGAUAAAGGAAAGACUCUGUGGGCCCCUUCCGGCCGGCCCCGACGCGGACUCGCUGUCCCAGCCGCUCUCCCGUGUUCAGAGUAGACCAGGCAGGAAAACGUGGGCUCGUCCUGUUUCUCCGCCCCUCCCGUCCCCACCGCUGUCCCUCACUCUUCCCUCUUAAACCGUCCACCUCAAGACUGAACUGUGUCUCUCAUCCCCCCCCACCGCCCCGCCAACCCUCAUCCCCAUCCCACCCCUCCACCCCCAGACCCUUGCGCUCUCUCUCUCUCUCUCUCUCUCCCCACCCAAGUAGUUUCCCGAAUUCUUACAAAUAGUGGAGGAAGAUGUGAUUCUGGACCCGGACUGUAGUUCUCAAAGCAUUUCUCUGCGCUCAGCUGCGCACGGACAUUCCCGUGUCUCGGCUCACCCACCGCUGGUUCGCUACUAAUUUUCCCAAUCAGGUUUUUCUUUGUGUUUCUCUCAAGACUCUCAGAGCAGUUGGAUGUGUGAUAGGGUCUAUUUUUUUCUCUCUCUCCUUCCUCCCCAUCCUGACCUACUGUUUCAUUUUAAGUAUUUGUGCUUGAAGAAAACUGACUUUUUUUUUUUUCCUUCUCCUCCAAGCUAAUCGGGUUAGGUUUUUAUAAGUGUCUUGGCGAAUGGUUUUAAAACUCCGGCUUGUAAAUCAACCGUGUGUCCAUUUGACUCUAACAUCUCUCUUUGGGCUUUCCCCCCAGGGGGUGGGGAGGGGGAAGCAGCAUAAUGUGAAACGACUGUUUUUGUCUCAUUUUCUCAUUGUAAAUAAUUUUUUAAUGGCCAAAUGUUUGAUUUGUGAUUUUUUCUAACACCACGUGUCUGGGUUUUAUUGUAACAUUUGGAGAGGAAUAAACGGCGAUCCCUCUGUA